UGGACUUUAUUGGCCAUGUGUCAUCUUCAAAACACCGAGUGCAUUCUGGGUGAUCUGUACUUGCUACAGAAUAAAAUGUGGACGCUACCCAUUGUGGUGCAUUGUAGGAGUUCAACAGUGGGCCUGGCAUGCUACCCCGCCUUCUCACUCAUAAAUAACCAUGAGACCAGGUCGAGAGGACUGAAAACAGACACCGAACACACAAACACAUACGACUGUUUUUUAAAAAGGAGGACUUUUUGUACGAAUGCUGGGACUGGAUCUGGGGAAGUCCUCGCUGAAAGGACCUGCUUUAAGAUGAAGAGAGUAAACAGCGUCCAAAGAUUCAUGAACAGCAGGGCUGCUGCUAACUCCCGGUACAAACCCACAAGCUACGAGCAUGCAGCAAACUGCUACACACACGCGCUGGUGAUCGUGCCUGCGAUUGUGGGUGUGGCUCUGCUGCAUCGUCUCUCGGAUGAUCGGUGGGAGAAGAUCACGGCAUGGGUGUACGGCCUCGGCCUCUGUGCUCUCUUCCUCAUCUCCACCAUCUUCCACAUCAUCACCUGGAAGAAGAGCCACAUGAGGACGGUGGAACACUGCUUCCACAUGUGUGACCGGGUGGUCAUCUAUUUCUUCAUCGCCGCCUCAUACACACCCUGGUUAAACCUGAGGGAGCUGGGUCCUCUGGCGUCGCACAUGCGCUGGUUCGUGUGGCUCAUGGCGGCUGCAGGAACCAUCUACGUCUUCAACUACCACGAGAAGUAUAAACUGGUGGAGCUGGCCUUCUAUUUGACGAUGGGGUUCUCCCCUGCACUGGUGGUGACGUCGAUGGAUCAGAAUAUCCAUCAUUUUCAUUGCCAGCUAAUUUGAGGGACCAGGACGUCUCCAUGGUUACCACAUGAUGUUUGAGAGAUGCCCCCUGAAUGAGAAUAAUAAGUUGUGAUAUCGGGGAACAGUCUCACAGUAUUAAUGCACGGUCUUUCUGCAUUAGUGCAGUGUGAGGCGCCACCAUGUGGCCAGGUGUACAUUUUAUUAUUUAACUGAUGACACUGAACACACACUCUCUCACACACACACACACACUGUUUAUCUCUCUGCAGACAAACACAGAUGGCGUGUAUGAGCUGGCGUUUGGUGGUUUCAUCUACUGCCUAGGCGUGGUCUUCUUUAAAUCAGAUGGUGUAAUUCCAUUUGCUCACGCCAUCUGGCACGUGUUCGUCACGCUCGCCGCCGCCGUGCACUACUAUGCCAUCUGGAAAUACCUCUACCGCAGCUCACCUGGUGACGAGGUCAGGGCUGUGGCUGACCUCUGACCUGUCUGGCACACGCACGCAAGCACCCAUGUACGCGCAGAGGGUCAUCUCACCGGAGAGUUCUUCAUCUAAAACAUUUUCACCAAGACGUGCCCAUCAGCUACUCGAGUUUACCAACUCGGAUUGUUUACUAGCCGCCUGGAGAACAGUGUGUGUGUGUGUGUGUGUGUGUGUGUGUGUGUGUGUGUGUGUGUGUGUGUGUGUGUGUGAGUGAAAGUUAAAAAAAGUUUCAUUUCUUUUCCAUUUCCACCAGUAUUUCUGGACAGAUGUUAAACCGAACAGCGUUUCCAGUCAGACGCUCGUUUCAGCCAAAAAAAAAAAAAAAGUACACAGUUUUCCUCAGAUGUAGUUGAACAGCGGAGACGUCUUUGGCGUGUUCAGUUUUGUACCGUGAGGCUUAUACACACCAGUUUAGCAUGCCUGAGUCACCACGCUGCUGUUACUGAGCCGAGCAGUGUCUGUUAAAGUGGUUAGGUGAUUCAGGUGUGCAGGCUAAACCGGUGGCUUCCAUCACUUGUUAGCUACGCAAGUGUUUGACUGCGUUUGUGCGUUGUGUACGUUUAAUUCGUUUUCGGUCGUUUAAAUGUCCGUUCUGUGUUAUCUGUGAUGUGAAUGUGUUUGUUUGUUUGUUUUUAAACAGAUAUUCAGAGCAGCUCUGCUUGCUCACGCACAUUCCACUUUUCACAAAUUUGCGACGUAUGGAGAUGACCGAAAUCCGUAGAGGCCAUGCGUUAUUGUUAUUUUAUACCUUGUGAUAAUGUAAUGUUGAGGUGAGGACGUCGAAGUCUGAUGGAAACAGUAUUGUACUGAUCAUCUUUCCUGCUGUAACUACGACAGUCUCCGCGAGAUUCCCACGACUCUCCUGUAGGUCGGAAAACCGUUACUGAAAGUCGAUGACAGAUUGUUUUUAAUCAAACCGACAGAAAAUUUCAGUGGCGCCAAAUAAAAUGAUUCAUUUCGUUAACGCGGGCGGCGUUUUCAAUGGAUCGCUGUGUGUAGCGGCUUCUCGAGGUCACUGACCGCCGACGAGACCAAACUGUUCAUCAGGCAGCUUUUUUUUUGAUUGAAGGGUUAUUUACAGAUAUCAGAAGUGACCUCAGUCUUGAAUGUAACUUCAGUAUAAAUCAUCUACAUAAAUGCCUUGCUUGUAGUGUAGCUAAGUAGCUUCAGCUAACUGCUUUUUAGCGUAGAUGUUUUAAUCAGCUUCUGAUGCUUCCAAAACUGCUCUCUCCGGUGAGUUAAUGGUAACUGACCGCUGACUCCACUCGUGAUCUUGAAAAAUAAAAUCGAUAAUGCAUGGUCUCUCUCAACUCUUGUAGAACAUAUUUUCACUUUUUUCCUCACUCAACAAACAGCAAACUGUGGAAAAACCACUUUAUGUUGAUAUUCCAUUUUCUUUUUCCAUUUUUCCCCCCGUUUCCUAUAGUACGUUCUUUACGUUCUUGCCUCAGGUUAAAAAUAAUUAGUCGCGUAAUACAUCUCACACCAUCCUGUUCUAUAAAAGAGUGAACAAAUAUGGCCGACAUACCUUUCGCUACACCUUAGGCAGAUUUUAUGUGAUAAGGAAAUGUAAUAUUGGCGCAAGGACUCUAGCUAAACCAACAGAGAACCCUGAGAUACUCAACACAACCCAACUCGUAGUGAGAAAAUAGAGGUGUAUAUAUUGACCGGGAUCCUGCGAGAACCAGAAAAAUCACUCAGACCAGCAGAUUUGACCGAGUUUUCUACGUGCACAUGAGUGAACGAGCGAGGGCCCAACGAAGAAAAGUUUGAAUGGUGAUUUUCUGUGUGAACCAGGAAUGAUGUGGUGGAACGCUAAAUCGGCGAUAAAAUGUUUCCUCAAACUAAUCCUACAGUACAUGUGGGCAGAUGUUUCUUCAGUUCCUCACUACCUGAAAUUAGGUCCCAUUUAUGGAAGAAUCGUGGGUUCAUCUUAUUCUGUCUUAUACGACCUCACUAUAAAUAUACACAGAAAAAUGAAGCUCAGAACGGAAGUCUCGGGAAUUUGCUGCGUCCGGUGAGCGUAUGUAGCUAAUAGAGUUGGCUCGCUUUGUUAAUCUAAUUGGAGAACAAAGCCAAGCGUGCAGCACAUACAUCAAACAACCUAUUUUCACACUGAUUAGUGCGCUGUUUAAUUUGGGUUUAAAUGGUUAGCUUUAGAAGCGAUAUGUAGCUACUACUGUUGGCCACGCCCACAAGCAACAACAGUACCGGUCGCUACAAAGCCUACAGGAGAUGAACUACAAGCUAGCUACAAGUGUGAAUGAAGGCUGAGGCAUCAGGAGUGCAGCUUUCUCAUUCUGGGCUAAUUUUGAGGUCGCAUCUCAUAAUAAUGUCCACCAAAGGAAACGUUAAAGAACACUCUGACCAAAUUAAUUAAAGUGAGGGAACAGUCUGCAACAAAUUUCAAACUCUUUUUAUUUAUUUAUUUAAAUCAACAAGGUCUGGACUUCGUUUCCCAACAUCCUCUGUUCCAGUCCGAGUUGAAAUGGCUCAUGGGAAAUGGAGUACUUCUGAGAUACGCUGCAUUUUGUGUUUUUAUUUUGGUCGUGUGUGUCAGUAUUUCCAUUCCAAAGACGUCCUCUGGAUUAUGUUCUGCAUAGGUUUUGUUUUUGUCUUUAAUGUCGCUAUGGUUAAUGAACAUGAGCUCAAUGAUACACUUUUGAUAAAAUCUUCAUUCUCUGAACAAGAUCCAGAAGGAUUUUUUGUAAUCUUUGUACUGUAUAUUUUCAUCCUGGCACAUAUUUCUACACCGGCUUUUUCAAUACGACAUACAGAGAGAGAGAGAGUGAGAACUCGUCCUUAUGGCCAGGUCGUUCUCCUCCUGAUCCGUUCAGUGUUCGGUGCUGCACAUAACGGCAUUGUGUCUGAAUCUUUCUGUAGUGUUAAUAAAACACAACUGCUUUAA